CAAUCCAAAAGCUUAGCUUCGUCAAACAAAAACCUCCGCCUUGUGACCGGCAAUCCUUCAUCAUACGACAUAUUCAUCAAUCACCGAGGUAUUGACACGAAGAGGACCAUCGCCGGUCUUCUCUUCAGUCAUCUCUCAGUUCUCGGAUAUCACCCCUUUUUGGAUAGUAAGAGCAUGAAACCUGGGGAUAAGCUAUUUGAAUCGAUCGACCCUGCAAUUAAAAACUGUAGUGUCGGAGUUGCGGUUUUUUCCCCGAACUACUGUGAUUCAUAUUUUUGUUUGCAUGAACUGACAUUAAUGAUAGAUUGUAAGAAGAAGGUGGUUCCCAUCUUUUGCGACGUCAAGCCUUCGGAACUGCAAAUCAAGAAAAACUGUAAUUGGUCUAUCAAAGACGUCGAAAGGUUUCAGCUUGCCAUUGAAGAGUGUAAAUACACUGUCGGGAUUGCAUUUGAUCCUUCAAAUGGGGAUUGGGCAGAGUUUUUGACAAAGGCAACAGAUGCAAUUGUUAAAAGCUUGAUUGAGGCCGAAGAAGAUGAGAAUAAAUAUUAUGAUGGAAAUUCUUCUCAGGAUCGCUAUUAA